AUGGCUUCAUUUAAUGAUAUGGGAUUAUUUGAUGAUUUAGCUGAUGAUGGUGUUCAUGGAUCACAACAUAUAUCUGAUGAUGAUUUACCAAGUGAAGAUGAUGAUGAUGACGAUGAUGAUGAUGAUGAUGAACUUGAUACAACAGAUAUUGCUCAUGGUUCAAUCGAUAUUAAAAAACCAUUGGCGGGAAUGUUACCAAAUACAUAUGAUGGAAAAACAGCUGAAGAACUUUUUCCAGAUUUUAAACCGAAUGCAAUUCUUCAAUUUAAUAAAAUAUUCGGUGCUGGUAAAACAAAUCAUUUACCCAAACCAUGGGUUAAUCUACGUAAACGAUCUGUUCAAGAACAUGUCGAUACACGAAUUCGUGAAGCAACAAUAAAUGAAUGUGCAGUUGAUCAAGAAACACAAUUUCUUGGUCGUUUACCUCCAGUUAUCAAUGAACCCAUAUCAGAUGAACAUGAUACAUCACAAACCGAUAUGAAAAUACCUAAUUGGCGUGUUGGUCCAGCUCGAUUAUGGUAUGAUCAAAUAGGUUUAAGUCUUGAUUUAUCAUCCUAUGAUUAUGGUUUUAAAUUAAAUUCUCCUCAAACAUUACAAACUCAAGCAUCAAAAGAACAAGUAACAAAUGAUAAUGAAUUAACAGGAAAUGCAUCAUUACCAGUUAAUUUAAUACGUUGGGAAGAUGAUAUUAUAUUUGAUACUUCAGUUUUACGAGAUAAACUUGAUUUAAAUACUCCUAAAAUUCGAUAUUGUGCUUGGGUACCAACAACAAACUAUCGUUCAUUAGCAAGUUUUCAAAAAAGUGUAUUCGGAAAAAAUACAGAUUAUUUAGAGAAUGGAAAUGAUGAUGAUCCAAAAUAUAAAUCAUGGUAUUCUAUUUUUCCUAUUGAUAAUUAUGAUUUAAUGUAUGGUGAUUGGGAAAAAGAUAUUAUAAUUGAUCCAGAAAAUAUGGAACGUAUACGUGAACCAUCAGAAUUAAUUCUCGAUGAAAAUGAUGAUCAUUUAAUUUUUGAAAUACCAACUGAUCCAAGUGAUUGUCAAACACGUCAACAACAACGUAAUCGAGAUUCACGAGAAAAAGCGGAUGCAAAUACUUCCAUUAGUCCAACAAAAGGUGGCAAAAUUCCACAUAAAGAUACACGAGGACGUGUUACACGUAGUGUUCUUACUGGUAGUGGUUUAUUAAAAAAAACUGAAGAUAAUGAUGAUGAUGCUAAUGAUCAAACAGAUAGUCCAAAAAAUGAUUUUUGGAAUUUAUCAAAUGAUGAAUAUUAUAAUCCAAGAUUAACUGAUUCUGUUGGAAAAAAUCUUGGCACACUUAAUCUUCAACAUGCUACACCUGCUGUUGAACUCUAUGCUCAAUUAUUUCCUACACAUUUAAAUGCAACAAAAUUACGUCAUUUUCAUCGACCAACAAUAAAGAAAGCUCUUGGAAAAUUAAAACCUGGAGAAUAUCAUCCUGUUCAAUCAGUACGAAAAAUAUCGGAUACACGUGCAGCUGAAAGAGAAAAAGAACGACAAGCAUAUGGUGGUGGUGAAAUGUUUUAUAUGCGUCGUUUACAAGAUUUAAGUGGUUUAGAUAGUGAUAUAGUUUUAGCUGAAUAUAGUGAACAAUAUCCAUCUUUACUUAAUCAAAUUGGAAUGGCAACAAGAAUUAAAAAUUAUUUUAAAAAGAAACCAGGUAAACAAGAUAAUCCACCAAUGUUAGAUUAUGGUGAAAUAGCUUAUUCACAUUCAUCACCAUUUCAAGCGGAUAUGGUUCCUGGAGAACUUUUACAAGCGUUUGAAAAUCAUAUGUUUCGUGCUCCAAUAUUUCCUCAUAAAUUACUUCCAACAGAUUUUUUAAUUCUUCGUACAAAACAAAAUUAUCAUAUACGUAAUGUGAAAAAUAUUUUUACAAUUGGACAAGAAUGUCCAUUACAAGAAGUUCCAGGACCAAAUUCUAAACGUGCAAAUAUAUUUGCAAGAGAUUUUCUUCAAGCAUAUAUAUUUCGAUUAUUUUGGAAAAGUCGAGAUAAACCACCAAGAAUUAAAAUGGAAGAUGUUCGCAAAGCUUUUCCUCAAAACGCAGAAAAUAGUAUUCGAAAACGUUUAAAAAUGAGUUCAGAUUUUAAACGUACAGGAGGUGUUCAUUGUAAUUGGUGGGUAUUAAGAAGUGAUUUUCGUUUACCAAGUCAAGAAGAAAUUCGACAACUUGUUACACCAGAACAAUGUUGUGCUUAUUAUAGUAUGCAAGCAGCAGAACAACGAUUGAAAGAUGCUGGUUAUGGUGAAAAAGUUUUAUUUGCUGCUGUUGAAGAUGAAGCUGCUGAUGAAAAUGAUCAAAGCAAAAUUGAAGAUGAAGUUAAAUGUGCGCCAUGGCAUACAACAAAAGCAUAUCUUGAUUCACUUAAAGGUAAAUGUUGGCUUCAAUUACGUGGUUUUGCUGAUCCAACUGGAUGUGGUGAAGGUUUUUCCUAUGUUCGUGUUUCAAAUAAACCUAAUGCUCGAGAAGUCGAACCUGAAGCAGUUCAAUCAAAGAAAAUGGUCACUGGAACAGAUGCUGAUUUACGUCGUCUUCAUUUGAAAGAUGCAAAAAAAAUUCUAAAUAAAUUUGGUGUAUCUGAUAGUUUUGUUCGAAAUCUUUCUCGAUGGCAAAUUAUUGAUAUUGUUCGAACAAUGUCUACACAACGUGCUCGUGAUGGAGAAGAUGGUGCUUCUAUGGCAAAAUUUGCUCGUGGUAAUCGUUAUAGUCAAAUGGAAUAUCAAGAAAAAUAUAAAGAAGAUUGUCGAAAAAUUUUUGAAGGACAAAAUAAAACUUUAGCAACAAAUCAUUUCAUCAACAUCUGA